CCGCGUGGUGCGCAAGUCCAUCGCCAGAGUGCUCACUGUCAUCAACCAGACCCAGAAGGAGAAUCUGAGGAAGUUCUACAAGGGCAAGAAGUACAAGCCCCUGGACCUGCGGCCCAAGAAGACUCGAGCCAUGCGGCGCAGGCUCAACAAGCACGAGGAGCACCUCAAGACCAAGAAGCAGCAGCGAAAGGAGCGUCUGUACCCGGCCAGGAAAUAUGCCAUCAAGGCAUAGGGAGUGCUGGCUCCCUGUGCACCAUUAAAGGGAGUUUGUUUUGGA